AUUAAGUUACGGUUGUGUUGGGAAUGGAGAAGAUUACUCAAAAGGCAAGGAAAAUGAAAGGAGGUUUAAAGCAAAAAUCUAUCAACUUGAGACCUAAGUUGAACAAAAAGAGAAAGAACAUAUUCUCUGAAACAAGGAUAGGCAAGUAUAGCAAUAGCUCGUCCAACCAUGAAGAGACCGAAGGUCUUCCAGGAAGAGGCAUUGCUAGUCCUACCCCUCUGAGAAAUUUUAAAAAGUUUGCAGUCUCUUCGAGAAUAUCACAGAAAAAUGCAUGAAAUGGAUCCCCACCAAACCUAAAAAAUGGAUCUCAUCACAUAAGAGCAAUUUUUAACAAAAGGCUGAAUUGUUUAAAGAAAACUAAAAUGAUGAACAUCAGGAAUAAAUUUAGAUCUAUCUCUCCAAUGGGUAUGAUCGAUACACUCUUAAGAAGAAAUAAGUACGAAGGUUUGCUCCCUACUCAGAUGAAACUCACUUCGAGACUCACAUCUAAGAAGAAGAAUUUGUCUAGGAGAGUUCCCUGAAAGAAAAAUAAUACUGGAAGAAGAGGUAGUAUUAAUAAAAGGUGUAAUUUGAUUAAUGAGUCUGAAAGAGCUAAACCUUCCUUUUUCAGCGGAAGAAUUCCAGCCCUUAACGAUCAGGAAUCUGGCAAGGAUCUCAAGAAGAGAGUACUCUCUGAUAUAUUUGCCAUUGAUAUCUUUGGAGACCUCACCUCUCCCAGAAAUGCCAAAAAGAAAUGAAACAUGGACUUAUCAAAGAUAGUUUCAGAUUGCGAACUAGAAGCUAUGAAGACAAAUAUUCUCGCAAAUUAUGACUCAUCAAACAGAGAUUUUGAACUCUAGAGUGGAUGCAGAGGGCAAGAUGGCUUAAAUAUUUUUGAAAUAAUUGUUUUUA